AUUGCCCAAGGAGCGAUUCGCAUAACAUUGUUCAAAGUGAUUAGUGUGUUACAGCAAUAGGUCGUUUAUAUUAAUAUGUUUUAUUUUUCCGCAUUAAAGCAUCAUUUGCUGUCUCACCGUGAUGGGCUAAUAACGGUCGAUGCAUGGUGUUUUUAAAAGGUUAAAACGUGCUGUGAAAAGCAGCAGCUCAGUUUCGCAAAAUAAGCCUCUUGUCAUGUUUUUAAGAGGUCCAAUUGUCCAUAUGCCAAAUUGUUCGUGGCCCAGUUUCCGUGUUGCCGUCGGGUGGCAGUGUUGUGCAGGAAGAACACAAACUGUCCUCCUUCAAUUAGUGUCCGUGCCCGGAACCUUCGUAUAGAGGUUGGUGUUUAAUCGGGGUGUAAUUAUGAAUGAACCGACUUCAAGUUGGUGUUGUCGGUUGUUGUAGCAACCGCCUUAUGGCACGGCGAUAUGAACGCAGUAUGUGUGUUUGUUGAGGCUAAUAAUGAAUAUUAGUUGAAGUUGCGAUAUGUUCCCGUCGAGCAGCUUUGUUAGUGUUAGCCUUGGCUAAAGUUAGCUUAAUUACCGGACUGCAGCUAAGCGACCAAAAUACGGACACCAGUUUAGCUAAGCUAACGUUAAGUUGCAAGGCUAAUUUAAAUUGCAGAACGCUAUUUUCGCAUUGUUUGAUUAAGUAUAUUGUCGCUAAUAUGUCGGCUGUCGGCAACCUUGUUCCUGCGCGGUUCCUGACCAUCAUAGCCCACCUUGUUAUCGUUAUCACCAUCUUUUGGUCGAGGGAAAACAACGUGAGGGCUUGCUUGCCUCUGGAUUUCACGCAAGAGCAGUAUGACGAUGAAGACAGGAAGUUGGUGGUGGCACUGGCGGUCACCCUCGGUCUGUUUGGUAUAGAGCUGGCUGGGUUCUUCUCUGGAGUUUCCAUGUUCAACUGCAGCCAAGGUCUUCUUUCACUGGCUGUUCACUGCAGCGCGUCAGUAUCCUUGUCUUUCUUUGUUUUUGAGAAGUGGGAAUGCUGGACAUAUUGGGUUAUUUUUGCCAUCUGCAGUGUGCUACCUGCUUUUGUGGAGAUUCUUCUGUUUAUAGCUGUUUUUGGACUGAAGAAGAAGCCAUUAUGAAAGACGAUCCUGAUGUGAAGCUCUCCAAAUAAGCGUGGAUGUGAGCAUCUGUCUCAGUGUAUCAAAAGGCUGCAAUUCAUUACUAAUGUACAGAGUAACAAGCUUAAAAACAGUGUUUAACUUAAUGUGUAAACACUGCACAAACAAACAUCAAAGGAAUAUAGAAAUAUCUGUAAUUUUUUAAUAUAUUAGAUAUAUAUUUUUUAAUUAAAUAGAUGCAGAAAAGGCAUGUGUCAUUAUGUUCACCUUUGUCCAGAGUGGUUAAUUUAGAAAGAAUAUUUGCCAGAAUGUCGCUUGUAGCUUUUUUGUCUAUAGGAAGUGCUCAUUUGUCAGCAAACACUGAUGUGGUUUGCAGUUCUCUGUCAGUCUGUCAAACUUCCAUGAAAAUUAUGUGAACAUUAUUGUAAUCCCAAAAACAUUUUGUACAGAUUAUUUUAUUAAACAGUCAAUGGUUGUCUACUUUU